AGCUGAAAUCUGGAGGCGGCGGAAACGCUGUUCCAGCGAGGCAAGAUGGCGGCGCCCUGGCGGAGCUGGAGCAAGGGUGAAUGAGAUGUUAUCCCUACACCAAAGCAGUGCCAGAAAGGGAGUUACUAGGACUUCAGCUGCAGUAACAAGAUGCUGUCAAGACCAAAGCCAGGGGAGUCCGAGGCGGACCUGCUACGCUUCCAGAGUCAGUUUUUCGCAGCUGGUGCAGCCCCAGCAGUACGGCUGGUGAAGAAGGGAAGUAGGAGAGGUGGUGGCACUAACCCCGACCAGCCUCUGCUGCAGGACCAUCGGGAUGUGGUGAUGUUGGACAAUCUUCCAGAUUUGCCUCCAGCUCUAGUCCCGGCUCCCCCAAAGAGAGCCAGGCCCAGCCCUGGCCACCCCCUGUCUGAGAACGAGGAUCCUGAGGAGAGGCUGAACAGGCAUGAUCAGCACAUCACUGCUGUCUUGACUAAGAUUAUUGAACGGGAUACAAGUUCAGUAGCCGUGAAUCUGCCUGUGCCCAGUGGCUUUGCUUUCCCCCCUGUAUUCCAUCGCUCAAAGGAUAGACAGAGAAAGGCAGCAACGUCUGGCAAGAAAAGCAUCUUUGCCCAGGAGAUUGCAGCAAGGAGGGAGUCUGAAGCCAGCAAGGAGGGUGUCCCACUAUUGGGGGAAGUUGUGCCUGCCCUGGACCCACCAAAGGGUGCUGUGACGUGUGAGGCACCCAUUCCUGUGGACCAGGGCCACCAGCUUCCAGAGAGCAGCCACAGCUUCCAGGGACCCCAUCUGGUCACAGGGAAGGGGCUCAGGGGCCAGGAGGCUGAACAGGAAGCCCAGACCAUACACAAGGAGAAUAUAGCAAGACUACAAGCCAUGGCCCCUGAGGAGAUCCUGCAGGAGCAGAAGCGGUUGCUGGCUCAGCUUGAUCCCAAUUUGGUUGCCUUCUUGAGAGCUCGCAGCCGCUCCCAUGAGCAAGCAGGAGAGAAGGCCACGGAGGAGCAGAGGCUGGGAGGACUCUCUGCUGAGGUCAUUAAAGAGGAGCCAAUGGUGCCAACUUCUGCUAGUGAGCCCAGGAAGGAAGAUGAGCUGGAUCCAGGAGCCCCAGCUCCGGCACUGCCCAUGACCCCCCAGAAAGAAUGGCUGCACAUGGACACUGUUGAGCUGGAGAAGCUCCAUUGGACCCAGGAUCUGCCCCCACUCCGGCGGCAGCAGACACAGGAGAGGAUGCAGGCCCGAUUCAGUCUUCAAGGAGAACUGCUAGCCCCUGAUGUGGACCUACCGACCCAUCUGGGCCUGCACCACCAUGGAGAGGAGGCAGAGAGAGCAGGGUACUCCCUACAGGAGCUGUUCCACCUGACUCGCAGCCAGGUUUCCCAGCAGAGAGCUUUAGCACUGCAUGUAUUGGCCCAGGUCAUCAGCAGGGCCCAGGCUGGUGAGUUUGGGGACCAGCUAGUGGGCAGUGUCUUGCGCCUCCUUUUGGAUGCCGGCUUCCUCUUCCUGCUGCGCUUCUCCCUGGAUGACAGAGUGGAUGGGGUCAUCGCAGCCGCUGUACGGGCUCUCCGGGCUCUGCUGGUGGCUCCUGGAGAUGAGGAGCUCCUGGAUCGCACCUUCUCCUGGUACCAUGGAGCUUCGGUGUUCCCUCUGAUGCCCAACCAGGAGGACAAAGAGGACAUUGAUGAGGAUGAAGAGCCCCCAGCAGAAAAGGCCAAAAAUAAGAACCCCGAGGAAGGAAGCCGGCCCCCACCUGACCUGGCCCGACAUGAUGUCAUCAAGGGGCUCCUGGCCACCAGCCUGCUGCCUCGGCUGCGUUACGUGCUGGAGGUGACCUGCCCAGGACCUGCUGUAGUCCUUGACAUCCUGGCUGUGCUCAUCCGCCUGGCCCGGCAUUCCCUGGAGGCAGCCACAAGGGUCCUGGAGUGCCCUCGGCUGAUAGAGACUGUGGUUCGAGAGUUCCUGCCCACUAGCUGGGUCCCCAUGGGGGUGGGUCCUACUCCCAGUCUACACAGAGUGCCCUGUGCUGCUGCCAUGAAGCUACUUCGUGUCCUGGCCUUGGCCGGUAGGAAUAUCGCCGCCAGGCUGUUGAGCGGCUUUGAUCUCCGGAGCCGUCUGUGCCGCUUCAUAGCUGAGGCUCCGCAGGAACUGCCCUUGCCCUCAGAGGAAGCCGAGGCACUGAGCUCUGAGGCCUACCGUCUGUGGACCGUGGCUGCCUCCUAUGGACAAGGCGGUGAUCUUUACAGGGAACUGUAUCCAGUGCUGGUGCGGGCCCUGCAGGCUGUGCCCCAGAAGCUCGCCACCCACCCGCCCCAGCCCCUGUCCAUGCAGCGGAUCGCCUCGUUGCUCACUCUCCUCACCCAGCUGACCCUGGCAGCCACCAGUGACUCCGCAGAGACCAGCCUGUCGGCCGCCCCUUCUUUAAUCACUUGGACCCAGGUGUCUGGGCUCCGACCUCUCGUGGAGCCAUGUCUAAGGCAGACCUUGAAGUUGCUGCCCAGACCUGAGGAGUGGAGUGCCCUGGGCCCGGUGCCCACUGCAUGCCUGCUGUUCCUUGGCGCCUAUUACCAGACUUGGAGCCAGCAACCAAGCUUGUGCCCGGGGGAUUGGCUUCAGGACAUGGAGCACCUGUCAGAGGAGCUGCUGCUUCCCCUGCUGAAUCAGUCCACUCUGGGCAGCCUGUGGGAUUCCCUGAGGCGCUGCUCCCCUUUCUGCAACCCGCUGUCCUGUGCCCCAGCCUCUGAAGCUCUCCCCAGCCUCGUGUCCCUGGGCUGCUCGGCAGGCUGCCCCCCGCUCAGCCUGGCUGGCUCAGCCUCACCCUUCCCGUUCCUGACCGCCCUCCUCUCUCUUUUCAACACCCUGGCCCGGAUUCACAAGGGGCUAUGUGGCCAGCUGGCUGUUGUGUUGGCCACCCCAGGACUUCAGAAAUACUUCCUCCGCUGUGUGGUUCCUGUGGCCACCCCACACCUCACACCCUUCUCUGCUUGGGCCUUCCGCCAUGAGCACCAUCUGCAGUACCUGGCACUCACCCUAGCCCAGAGAGCGGCAACACACCAGCCAGUGCUGGCCACCAGUGCUCCUCUUCAUCAUGGCCUGGCCCUGGCCCUGCUGAGCCGGCUGCUUCCUGGAAGCGAGCACCUCGCCCAUGAGCUGCUGCUGAGCUGUGUGUUCCGGCCAGAGUUCCUCCCGGAAAGAGCAUCAGGAGGUCCAGAGGCAGCUGACUUCUCUGAUCGGCUGUGCUUAGGAAGCAGUGGGGACCCUGGGUGUGGGCGAGGAGCUCUACUAGCUCAGGCCUGCCAGGACCUACCCAGCAUCCGCAGCUGCUACCUGACCCAUUGCUCACCAAUCCAAGCCAGACUGCUGGCCUCCCAGGCCUUGCACCGAGGGGAGCUACAGCGACUCCCAGCGCUUCUGCUUCCUGUGCCCAAGGAGCCACUGCUGUCCACCGACUGGCCCUUCCUGCCAUUGAUCCACCUCUAUCACCGGGCCUCAGAUACUCCCUCGGGGCUCUCUCCUACUGACAGUGUGGGCACAGCCACGCGGGCCCUGCAGUGGGUGCUAGUUCUGGAGAGCUGGCGUCCUGAGGCCCUCCAGGCUGUCCCUCUUGCCGCCCGCCUGGCACGGCUCAUGUGUGUGUUCCUGGUGGACAGUGAGCUAUUCCGGGAGACCCCAAUACAGCAUCUGAUGGCAGCCCUCCUAACCCGUCUCUGCCAGCCCCAGGUCCUGCCAAACCUCAACCUGGACUGUCCACUUCCUGGCCUGACGUCUUUCCCUGACCUCUAUGCCAACUUCCUGGAGCAUUUUGAAGCUGUCUCUUUUGGGGACCACCUCUUUGGGGCUCUGGUCCUCCUUCCCCUGCAGCGUCGGUUCAGUGUCACCUUGCGCCUUGCACUUUUUGGGGAGCACGUGGGAGCCUUGCGAGCUCUGGGCCUGCCUCUGACUCAGUUGCCUGUGUCUCUGGAGUGCUAUACGGGGCCUCCUGAAGACAACCUCGCCCUCCUUCAGCUCUACUUCCGGGCCCUGGUUACUGGUGCACUCCGUCCACACUGGUGCCCUGUGCUCUAUGCUGUGGCCGUGGCUCACGUCAACAGCUUCAUCUUCUCCCAGGACCCAAACAGCUCAGAUGAGGUGAAGGCUGCCUGCAGGAGUAUGCUGCAGAAAACUUGGCUGCUGGUAGAUGAGGGUCUCCAGCAGCACCUCCUCUAUUAUAAACUUCCCAAUUCAGCCCUCCCAGAGGGCUUUGAGCUGUAUUCCCAGUUGCCCCCUCUGCGUCAGCAGCACCUCCAGAGACUUACCUCAGAGGGGCUCCAAAAUGCGGUUUCAGAAACCUAGUAUAGCUGCUUAAGAUGGAAAGGUGGAUUCAUUCUCCUGGGGUUCACCAGAGACCUGCCCACUGCCCAGACAGAAGAACUUUGUGUCCUAAGGGUGAGCAGAAGACAAAGGAGCAGAAGGCUUGCCUUCCUGGGGGUUGGUUGAGCUGCUUUGCAGCAGAGUGAGCCCUACCAUUAGAUCCUGAUUUCUGGAGCUCAGGACUGGGGCUUCUGGGGGUGUGUGCUGGGUGUGAAGGGCAACUUAAUAUUCACCCCUCCUCGGGGACAGGGCAAAUUAAGUAUACCUCCCUUCCCACCUCACCCCUGGUCCAUGAUAUGAAUGCCAUAGCUGCAUAUUGAAAUAAACUAUUUUUCAUUUUUAAUCUC